UCGAAAAUAUAUACAAACCACCGAAGCAUGUUAUUGAUGAGGCUUUAAGACGCGAGAUGAUGGCUGGAUACAACAGAAAUACGUCUAGCAGCGAGGAAGAGGAGGAAACAAAACCCAACUUACGAGAUAUAUUCCGUAAACCAGCUGCUUCGAACAAUCAAGCACCUUCUACUAAAAAGUCCUCCAAAACCAGGGAAUACUCCGAAGGCGAAAGGGUUGAUGACGAAUACGGGACACGAAAGAAGACGUCAAGCACUACACGUGUGACUGGUAAAAUAAGAAAUAAAGGUGAACCCGAGAAAAAAUCAGCCGAUGAUUUCAUGGCCAUAUUCCAGCAAACAACCUUGGGAGAACGCCCAGAAAAAGCUGGACUAAAGAACAAUCUCUCGUCUCAAAGAUCUUCAUCAGAUGAUUCUGAAGAAGAUGAAGAAAAUAAAACACCAAAAUCAAGCGUUUCUUCGGGAUCGCGUUCAUAUCCGUCAAAGGACAAAACUGAACCAUCCCCCGACGAUCCUUUCAAGAGGCUGCAAGCUGGAAUGAAAGAUAACUCUGAAGAAGAUGACAAAAAGCAAACCGUUACUAGGCAUACAUCAAAAUCAAGCGUUUCUUCAGGAUCGCGUUCAAAUCUGUCGAAGGACAAAACUGUACCAUCCCCCGACGAUCCGUUCACGACGCUGCAAGCUGAAAUAAAAGCAGAUGAUUCUGAAGAAGAUGACAAAAAUCAAACCGUUUCUAGGCAUACACCGAAAUCACGCGUGUCUUCGGGAUCGCGUAAAUAUCAAUCAAAGAACAAAACUGUAACAUCCCCCGACGAUCCGUUCACGAGGCUGCAAGCUGGAAUGAAAGCAGACGAUUCUGAAAAAGAUGACGAAAAUCAAACCGUAACAAGGAAUACACCAACAUCAAGCGUGUCAUCGGGAUCGCGUAAAUAUCAAUCAAAGGACAACACUGUACCAUCCCCCGACGAUCCGUUCACGAGGCUGCAAGCUGGAAUGAAAGGUAACGCCCAAGAUAAGGAAAAAGAUGAGCUCGCAGAUGAUUCUGAAGAAGAUGACGAAAAUCAAACCGUUUCUAGGCAUACACCAAAAUCAAGCGUGUCUUCGGGAUCGCGUAAAUAUCAAUCAAAGGACAACACUGUACCACCCCCCGACGAUCCGUUCACGAGGCUGCAAGCUGGAAUGAAAGGUAACGCCCAAGAUCAGGAAAAAGAUGAGCUCGCAGAUGAUUCUGAAGAAGAUGACGAAAAUCAAACCGUUUCUAGGCAUACACCGAAAUCAAGCGUGUCUUCGGGAUCGCGUAAAUAUCUAUCAAAGAACAAAACUUUACCAUCCCCCGACGAUCCGUUCACGAGGCUGCAAGCUGGAAUGAAAGCAGAUGAUUCUGAAAAAGAUGACGAAAAUCAAACCGUUUCUAGGCAUACACCAACAUCAAGCGUGUCAUCGGGAUCGCGUAAAUAUCAAUCAAAGGACAACACUGUACCAUCCCCCGACGAUCCGUUCACGAGGCUGCAAGCUGGAAUGGAAGGUAACGCCCAAGAUAAGGAAAAAGAUGAGCUCGAAGAUGAUUCUGAAGAAGAUGACGAAAAGCAAACCUUUAAUAGGCAUACACCAAAAUCAAGCGUGUCUUCGGGAUCGCGUAAAUAUCAAUCAAAGGACAACACUGUACCUGCCCCCGACGAUCCGUUCACGAGGCUGCAAGCUGGAAUGAAAGCAGAUGAUUCUGAAGAAGAUGACGAAUAUCAAACCGUUUCUAGGCAUACGCCGAAAUCAAGCGUGUCUUCAGGAUCGCGUAAAUAUCAAUCAAAGAACAAAACUGUACCAUCUCCCGACGAUCCGUUCACGAGGCUGCAAGCUGGAAUGAAAGCAGAUGAUUCUGAAAAAGAUGACGAAAAUCAAACCGUUUCUAGGCAUACACCAACAUCAAGCGUGUCAUCGGAAUCGCGUAAAUAUCAAUCAAAGGACAACACUGUACCAUCCCCCGACGAUCCGUUCACGAGGCUGCAAGCUGGAAUGAAAGGUUACGCCCAAGAUAAGGAAAAAGAUGAGCUCGCAGAUGAUUCUGAAGAAGAUGACGAAAAGCAAACCUUUAAUAGGCAUACACCAAAAUCAAGCGUGUCUUCGGGAUCGCGUAAAUAUCAAUCAAAUGACAAAACUGUAACAUCCCCCGACGAUCCGUUUACGAGGCUGCAAGCUGGAAUGAAAAGAAAUGCCCAAGAUAAGGGAAGCGAUAAGCAUGGGCAAAAACAAUCUGUUUAUGAGAAUGAAGAAUCAUUUUCCGACGGCUCACGGGGUAGUUUAAGUGAUAAUGCUGAUGCCAGCACUCAAGACGAUCAUUUCAAAAGGUUGGUAGAGUCAACUAAAGAUACAAAAGCUAAACAGACGCGAUCGGCGAGGAACAUAAAGGACGAAACAGAGAGCUCUUCUUCAGAUGAUUCUGAUGAUAAUGUUCAACCUGCCGAGGAAUAUAACCCUUUUAUGAAAAUGGUAGCUGAUGUAAAUAGGCCUAAAAGUAAACCUGGUAAUUCCAAACACCCGUCGAGAAAACCGUCGGACGAUUCCACACCAAAUGGCGCAGGCGGACAAAAUCCCAUGGCGCAAAUGCAAAUGCUUCAACAAAUGCUCGGAGGGCAAGGUGGACAGAAUCCCAUGGCACAAAUGCAAAUGCUUCAACAAAUGCUUGGUGGACAAGCUGGCCAAGACCCGAUGGCGCAGUCAAACAUGCUUCAGCAAAUGAUGGGUGGACAAGGUGGCGAUAUUAUGAACAUGCUUGGCCAAGCAGGCCGAGGGCGUGGUCGAGGAAUGGGGAUGGGUAGAGGGUCCGGGCUUAAUGUGGAAAACGGCGAUGAAGGAAGAGGCAGUGCACCCUUAAACCAAAUGGCCCCGUUCCUGGGCGGACAAAACCCAGGAAGUGCAGGAAGAGGCAGUGCUCCCUCAAACCAAAUGGCCCCGUUCCUGGGCGGACAAAACCCAGGAAGUGCAGGUAGAGGAAGCUCUCCAGCUAACCAGGUAUCACCACUGUUAGGACCACAGAGCCGGGGUGGAGCAGGUGGCCAGAACCCCAUGGCACAAAUGCAAAUGCUUCAAGAAAUGCUCGGAGGCCAAGGUGGACAAAAUCCGAUGGCGCAAAUGCAAAUGCUUCAACAAAUGCUCGGAGGGCAAGGUGAACAGAAUCCCAUGGCACAAAUGCUUCAACAAAUGCUUGGCGGGCAAGGUGAACAGAAUCCCAUGGCACAAAUGCUUCAACAAAUGCUUGGCGGGCAAGGUGGACAGAAUCCCAUGGCACAAAUGCUUCAACAAAUGCUUGGCGGGCAAGGUGGACAGAAUCCCAUGGCACAAAUGCAAAUGCUUCAACAAAUGCUUGGUGGACAAGCUGGCCAAGACCCGAUGGCGCAGUUAAACAUGCUUCAGCAAAUGAUGGGUGGGCAAGGUGGCGAUAUAAUGAACAUGCUAGGCCAAGCAGGCCGAGGGCGUGGCCGAGAAAUGGGGUUGGGUAGAGGAUCUGGACUAAAUACUGGAUUCGACGAUGAAGAAAUUAACAUUGAGAACCUGUCUGACAACGACAUCACUCGCCAAAUGUUAGAGUGGGAAGUCAUGCGCGCCCAAUCCAAUCCACUGAAAAAGGACCCUAACGGGACGACCACGUUGCUCAUCGUCGACACUUCCGGUAGCAUGGCUGGAGACGCAAUGAUUCAGACGGAGCAAUUCCUCGACACUUUUAUGGCUGGUCUUGAACAUCAGCAGAAAAACCUGAACAUGCAGGAAAAUGUUGCCGUUAUUACCGUGGGGACAUCUGUUGAGGUUAAACAACAUCUGACGAACAACUAUCCUAAAAUACGAGAGGCACUACAUUGCCUUUGUGCGGAAGGUCCGAGCAAACUCCAUUUCGGUCUUAUGUUGCCGAUGAGCAUAGUCCAACAGGCAGAAAAUGGAGGUAUAAAGGAUUUCGGUGGUCAUGCAGCCGCACCUCGAGUGAUCCUGAUUUCGGACGGUCGAAUAACCGGACAAACAGACGGCCCUAAUUUUCCAGAUGAACGGGAGAAAAUGGCUCUUCAAAACGUCACCUUUGAGUCGUUGAAUAUGAUGAUCCAGAUGACACUGACCCAGGUAUUCUGUAUUCCAGUGGGACAGAGUGACAACGGAUUCCUGGAAUUCAUUUCUAGCACUACUGGAGGAAAAACGAUGGACAGAAAUUGUGCCCGAGUCCUCAGCCGAUACCAUAUCUACCAUACGGUGGUGGCCUCCCUCAAACAGCACCAGACGGAACCGACGACAGACUCUAUCCGGCAUCAACUGGUCACCGUGGCCCAGACCUACGACGAAGACGACGUUGCUGAGGUAUUAUAUCUGUGGCGCCAACCGGAACCGGAUAUUCAAGGUCGCAAUCAGCGACUCGCGCAACAGGAAGAGAAAUCGAGCCGUCGAAGACAGGGUGGAGGUCACGUUGGUCAGGGGCGUGGAGGUGGGGUGCCGGGCAUGGGUGGCUUUGGUGGACAAAAUCCGGGCAUGGGCGGUCUACUACCUGGUAUGGGACCUCGUGGGCGUGGGUUAGGCGGGUUUCCGCAAGUCGGGCGCGGACGUGAAACCGGGCAAGGUGGCUCCGGAACGGGUCACAGAGACUUUAGAGCCGGGGGCCAAUUUGAGGAUUCGCACUUGUGAUAUGUAAUUCGUAUUAAAUGUGUUAAUAAGUUUUUUAUUGAUGACUGCAGAUAAUGAAACUCCACAGAACGUGUCGAAAAAGGCGAGAAACACCAAAAAGAAGAGUCAAACAUAGCGAUGUUAGUUUUUCAACUUAAAUAUCGACGCACACAAAUUCACGUUUAAGCAUACGGAAUAUAUCUUUGCAUAUAAUGGUUAUGAUUGAUUUGGAAUAGCAAAAGCAGAGAUUGUUGCCUACCCUUGCUAUCUAGUGGUGAAGUAUAAAUGUUUAUUUCAUGCUUUGUGGUGGAUGAGUGAAAACUACAAGGGAAUGCAUCUUGGGGUUUUUUAACUCAAGACCAGACAGAUGAUAGUUUAAUCAUUAAUUUUUGGUUAUAUCGAAGUAAUGAUUAUAUAUAUUUGAUUAGAAU